UCUCGUCUUCUCCCCGAGCUCUCGCCGCCUCGCCGCCCUCGGCCUCGCCACCGCCCGCCGACUCGUCGGAGAUGGCCUCCUACCCGGUGUUCCAAGUAAGCCCAGAGGAAGCAGCGAAGGGUAAAUGGUACAUGGCAACUGCUGCUACCAACCACAUGACUCGCGACCAGAGCCUCAUCUCCGACCUCAAGCCUGUGACCGGCCGUGUCGUUAGCCGUGGCAAUGGCGCAGGGUUGAAGGUGCAUGGCAGUGGAGCUGUGAACACAGAGACGGUGGCGAUCCCAGACGUGUGGCAUGUGCCGGGGAUCAACGCGAACCUGGUUUCUGUUCCCCAGCUCUCUCUACUUGGGCUCAACAUUUCGUUCGACCGUGGUGGCUGCACUGUCACUAGAGCUAGUGAUGGAUCUGUAGUUGGCAAAGCGCGUAGAUCAGGUGCGAUCUAUGAGGUGGAAUUCCUCAAAGUUCCGCUUAAUUAGCACCAGAAAUUCCUCGCUGCAGUAUCAGUUGUGGUAGUCAGACUCAUAUGGUGGCUAAUAUCGCGUACUGUUUCCAAUGCUUGUUGGGUUAGAACUUAAGUGGGAUCUUUCAGUUGUUAGUUAAGGAUCUGGAGGUUUUUCUGAAUGUAAAAAGUGAAAGAAGGAUGAUGUUGGUUA